AUGGCAGCCGCCGCCGCCGUUCGCCGCCUACUGCGUGGGGUUUCCUCCACCUCCGUAUCCAACACCAGCCGUCUCCUCUCCUCCACCACUUCCCCACCUCCCCACCGGAGCUCCAACACCAACUCACCAGUUGCCUUCGACUGGUCCGACGACGACGCUGACAGCUCCUCACAUCCACCCCCGUCCACGGCAAAGAAGGAUGAACUACCUCCCCCUUACUACGACCCCUUCAGCAAGAAGCCCGCCGUUGCCGAGCCGUCCGACCCCACCAACCUACAGGAGAUCUUCCACAGGAUGCGGAAAGAGGGCCUCACCGAUUACGCCAUCAAGAUGUUCGACGGAUUGUCCAAGGACGGGCUCACCCACGAAGCUCUCGCGCUAUUCGCCGUCAUUAAGGAUAAGGGCUCCAUGCCCGACGUCGUCGCCCACACCGCCGUCCUCGAGGCCUAUGCCAACGCCGGCCCCGCGCACUGGCGCGACGCCGUGCGCACCUACGACCGCAUGCUCGCGUCCAGCGUCGUGCCCAACGCGUACACGCUGGCCGUGCUUGUCAGGGGGCUCGCGGCCAGCGACCGGUGCGCGGAAGCCGGCAAGUACCUAGUGGAGAUGCUCGACCGCGGGAUGCGGCCGAAUGUGGCGACGUAUCUGGCCGCGUUUGAGGCGUAUCUGAGGAUGGAGAAAGUGGAAGAGGGGAAAGUGCUGCUAGAGACGAUGAAGGGGAAGGGGUUCGUACCAGACGAGGAGGCCGUGCGUGGCGGCACUGUGAAGCGGGGGCAAGUGUUCGAUGGCAUAAUAAACUUGCACUUUGGCAAGUGA